AUAUAUCACUCAUAUCUUAUCACAGAUGAAACUAUGGUAAAUAGUAAGUGUUCGCACAUUGUGUUGCAGUAUUUAGCAAUCUUUGUUUUAUUUCGCGUGUGUUAUCAAUACGGAAAGAGUGCAUUUCAAACAAGCUAAUCUGGGAAACGGUGGUUUGUGAGACGACAAGAUGGCGAAGUUUUUGAAAAAUAUAUUUCACACGACGGAUCGGCGGAAGGCCCCUCAUUAUGAGUCGGAGCUCGAGGAUGAGAGGAGCGAGUCCCCCCAGAGUGGCACGACCAGACAUCUGUUCAUCUCCCGUUCCGGGAGGAUGAGGCAAGCUAACAAGAAGAGACACUCUUUAACUCUGGAGAUUUAUGGAGAUAACAUCCAGAUUGAAGCAAUGGAGAAAACUACGAGCAGGGAGUAUCACGUGAACGCUCCAAGCCACACUGCACCAGCUGUUGUAGAGUCCCCAGCCAAAACUAGACUAGGUAGGGUGUACAGAGAAGACAGGUACCCUAAAGCUAUGUCCACUGACAUCUCCGCGUUUGAAAUACCUCUCGACAACACAGUCAAAACUGUAGCCAAGGAAAUUUCACCCGAAGAAGAAAUUGACAACGCCUUUGAAAUUUUAGACAAGUCAUAGCAAUUUGGUCUUUAUGUUAUUUGUAGUUAUUAUGUAUAGGUAAGAGAAGAGACAGUAAUUUUAAGUAAAUAAUUAGAACUAGUUUGUAGGUAAGUGCCUUGUUAAAAGUUCCGUGGAUCGGGUAUUGAUGGGAAAUGCACUUACAGUCAAUUAAGAAUCAUUACCAAUUUCUUGUUAAAUAGCUCGAGAGAUAGAAAGUUCAAGAAAUUGUGGCUCAUCUUGAUGAAAUGACACUGAUCAUGUAGUUAUAGAUAGUUUCUUGUAUUUAAUCACAUUUAUAUGACUACUAUUAACGAUUUAAACUACAUUUAAGGGUGCUUUUCUACCAGCGAUGUGCUAUGCUACGUUGCUGUGGAUGUGUUUGGCUUUCACCAAUCAUAUUCUUUGGUACACAUAGCAUAGCACUGUUGGAAACGGACUCAGCUCAUCUGCCUUUUUAUAUGGAAAGAUGUGUACUAUGGGUUUGGCUUGCCUACUAUCGAUACAUCGCUUACUCGAGCUGCGCAUCUUCCUCGCACAGCUUAGAAUACAUACUACAUGGCUUAGCAUCGGUGGAAACGGUAGCAUAGCUACAUAGCACAUCUCUGGUGGAAAAGCACCCUAUAUAGGUGUAAGCUUUUUAUGAUUAUUUAAAUAUUCGAUAAUACUUACAAAUGAGAUUAUAUUUAGUUUUAAGUAUUGCAAGUAAUGAACUGACCAUCCAGUGAGUAGGAAAAGACUAUGUCAAAACGUAGUUUUAGACGUUAUAAAAUGUUGACUGUGAUCUAAUGAAAUUGUAUUUUAAUACACGGUAGGACUGUAGGUAGGUACGUAUAACUGCAACAUGUAAAAUGCUUUAAUGUAAGUUAAUUUAGACUUUACGAGACGUAAAAUCAGUAAUAAUGGCGUAGAUUUUUGCUUGAACGAAACUGUGCCAGUUGAUAACAUGAUUAUUAUUUUGAAAAUAAAAAUAAUACUUUUAAUCUUGAUAAUUAUAAUCGUGAUAUAAAAUCAUCGAUAGUCCUCCCGAUAUGGCAAACGGUUGGUGAUUUUAAAAUGGUUUUUAUGUUUUUGUUCAGUGAAGUAGGUAUUAGGUAUUUAUCUAUCUAGUGUUUAUCUGAAGUAGGGUUCAACUGGUACCUAGCUUUGUCUAUGUAGGUAUACGAUGUACUUAGUAGGUACAUACAUAAUAGAUAUUAGACUCGUAGAAUGUAGAUGCACGGCAACGCACCUGUGACUCCUCUAGUAUUGUGGGUGUCCAUGGGCGGCGCUGAUCGCUUACCAUCAGGUGACCCGUCUGUUCAUUUGCCACCUAUUCCAUAAAAACAAUGUGAGUGAGGUUACUGGAGACCCCCAAACAACUCCUUUGGUGUUGUGAGUCUCCUUGGGUGGCGCUGAUCACUUGCCAUCAGGUGAUCUGUCUGCUCGUUUGUCCUCUAUAAACCUAUCCUAUAAAAAACUCCUAUUAAUGUAUUUUAUUAAUUAGGAGUCUACAUGUAUUGUGUAUUGUAUAGUAUGAAUCGUAUUUUAAUGUGUAUCUUGUAUUAUAAAGUGAAGUGAUAUCUACUUCUGUAAGAUUGUGUUGUUUUUGUAACCGAUAUCUACGUAUUUGCAUGAAAUAAAAGACUGAUUGUUGCAACGAUGA